AUGUUCCCAGCUUGUUCUAGCCCGAGCCCGCGCGCGUUGCAUCGUGUCGCACGCGCAUCGUAUCUUGAAACCUCCUCCCUUCUGGCGGCGGCGCACGGGCGACUAAGUCGAGGGGUGGCGACCCUGACGAGUCGCAUCGUGUCGCACGCGCUGGGGCUGGAGAGGGACCUCAGCAAGGAGCAAUUCGCGGCGCUGCUGCCACCUCACUCUUGUCCUUUUAUUUCCAGUUGCAUUGCCCCCAAUUUCCGUCUAAGAUAUCUGGCGCCCCCGUUCUUUUUCUCACCCCUUGUCCCUGCCUUUUCCCCCUGGACCCUAAUCCAUGUCCAGUCCGUUUACGUGGACGGUCAUAUCCUCGCCGCGCCGCAACGCGCGGCGGCCGCCGCGUCGGCGGCGCUGAACACCCUGGCGACCGCGGCUAUCGACCCCGCGUCGCUGCGGCUGGGCCACAGAGGCGACCCGCUCGCGUCAGCCGCCGCCGCCGCUUCCGCGUCCGAGUUCCCCGCCGUACCCGGCGGGAUCUUCGCGCAGCGCAGCCGGAUCGCGGCGACGGUAGGGCCGUUCGGGCUCCCCGUCACCGGCGGGUGGCUGUCGUCGCGCUACGGGUGGCGCGAGGCGCGCAAGAAAUUCCACAAGGGGAUCGACAUAGCCGUUGAGGAGAACACGCCGGUGGUCGCGGCGCAGGCGGGGCGAAUCUCGUUCGCGGGAUGGCGGAAGGGGUACGGAUACGUGGUGGUGGUAGAUCACGGGAAGGGGUACUCAACACUAUACGCGCACUGUAACCGGUUCGUGGCGCGGAAGGGGGAGGCGGUGGGGAAGGGGCAGGCGAUCGCGCUGUCGGGAAACACGGGGCACUCGACGGGGCCGCACCUGCACUUCGAGAUUCACCGGCACGGGUCGCCUGUCGACCCGCUGCUGCUGCUGCCCGCGGAAGCCGCGCGCACGGAGAGAUAG